UGAAAAUAUGGCCGUUUAGCGACAGGGAACUGCCGAAUGACAACAAUGCCGUUUAUUGUAGUAUAACAUAACUUUAAAGUCGGGAAUUAGUCGAAAUUUUAUAUUCAUCUUCACGGUAAAGUCUUCCUUUUAUAUGAUUACGCUAAUAAGAUUAUUUCAGGAUCUUUACCCUCUUGGCUUUAUUACAAUGAAGCUGCGGGUCCAGCUGCAGUGUAAGAACUUACAUGAAUAUCUGAGAGAGCUGAGUCCUGAGAUUCUGGACAGACUGUACAACCAUCCAGCAACAUGUCUGGCUGUCUACAGGGAACUGCCCUCUCUGGCCAAGAAUUAUGUGAUGCGUAUGCUGUUCCUGGAUCAGCCUCUCCCCCAGGCAGCAGUGGCAUUAUGGGUGAAAAAAGACAGUCAGAACACGCACAGGGAGAACCCACCACUGAAAACGCAGGAUACCUCCCAGCCGCUCCAUACGCAUGAGCCCGGUCAACCGACUGUCAAUGUCCCGGCGUGGCGAUCCGACCCAGAGUGCUACCCCUCAUCAUGCGCCCACGGCCUCUGCCCCUGUGCAUCGACACACACCACCCUGCAGCUGCUGCACUUGCGAAAGGCGGAGUCCUGCCAACACUGGUACACAAUUCCAUCGUCGAUCCUGCAGACAGAACAAUAA